UUUCAAGGCUGAUUUGUUUUGCAGGGUUCGUGUUCUUCACUUUGGUCAUUUUAAAAUAGAAUUAGCAGUGAAUCAGCACACCUCUCUUUAAUGUCUUUAGGUUGUCUGAGGUUGGCUCUGAGCCGCACACUGAGAGCCUCGUGUCCCUCGACAAGCCCACUGACAUUCCUCCUCCUGUAUAAACCCCAGCCUAGCAGAACCACAUGGGGUUACCUGGGCAUAAAGCUCCAGCAGUGGACACCGUUCUCCACCAUCGCGGAUGAUGAUGGAGACACCGCUGAGAAUGAACCACACAAGAAGAAAAAGAAACAUGACCCAAAAGCUCGAACCACCAUUAGCAGCGUGGGCAGGAAGAUUUACCAACGCCACCUGAUCCUGCUGGAUGAGGAGGGCGAGAACCUGGGAACCAUGCACCGGGCCAAUGCCCUGAGGCUCAUGGAUGAAAAAGGGCUGAAACUGGUGCCUGUGAAUGAGAACGCUGAGCCGCCGGUGUACCGGCUCAUGAGUGGGAAACAGAUUCAUGAGGAGCAGAUGAAACUGCGGGAUAAACAGAAAGCCAGGGCUACAGGUGUUGUCCAGGUGAAAGACCUAACUCUGUCCUCUGAUAUCGCGCUACACGACCUGGACACAAAACUAAAACAAGUAACUAGUUGGCUGGAGAAAAAGUACCACGUGAGACUGACGCUGAGGCCAAGACGGGAACAGAGCGCACAGCCUCUGGAUUUGGUUCUGGAUGAGAUGGUCGGGAGAAUAACGGCUCCCCUUGGCUUCGUCAACAAACCCCAACUCAUCCGGGAGGGUCGAGCAGCCAGCUGCGUCCUGCGUCCUCCAUCUGCUAAAGAGCUGCAGGCUCAGGGGAUGCGACCCACAGCACAGACUCCCUCCAACACUCCCAAAUCAAACCAGGAACCGGACGGUUCUCCAUCAGAGCGGAACAAAGAGUCUCCGCAGCAUUGAUGUGAUGACAAUAAAACAGCUUUUUACACAAAACA